AUGUCAACUUGGAGUUAUGGUCACCCUCUUCUUAUUAUUCAAUUUACAACAAUUGGGUUUAUUGUGCAUGAUGUUCCUGCAGAAUCUGUGAUGCACAAGUGCGUAGUGCACUUUAUCCCUCUAAACAAGCAGAUUCCAAAUCGCAAACAGCAUCCUGGUUUUAUUGUGCAGAAAGUGUAUGACACUGAACAAAGGAGAUUGUUUAAGCUAACUGAUAAGGACUAUGAAGAUACCAAACAGUGUGAACUUGAUGAACUUGUUCAGAAAACUUUAGCACGGCUUGGUGAUCUCCCUGACAUUGAGACAGAAGAUAACCAUACUGAUCAGGAAGAUCAGUUGAAGAAUAAGAGAUUGCUCUGGAGAAAAAACAUGUCACCUCUUGAUGUCUCAAGGGAUGAUGAGGCGAUGACAAAGUCGGGUCAACCCCUAAAAGCUGAAACACCUGGGAGUGUUACAAGUAAUACUUCCGAAUACUACACAAUUCUCUCUAACUUUAAGGCCCUAACAGGUGAAACACAGCGCGACAAAUGGUUAGAAAGGCUUCUUCAAGGAAUUCAAUUCAUAUGCACUCCCAUGGACAGCGGGCAGAGUGAUGCUAAAGAGGACUUACAUAACAGUAGCUCAAAAGGUGCAAAUGGAGCUCAAGAGAAAAGUGGUGACACUACUUUCGUCUGGCCAGAUUCUGCUGUUCCUGCUGUAACUGCUCUUGAGAAAGCCUCACAUGCUGCCCUUUCUACAGAUUUUCAGAAAUAUAACCAAAAGAUGAGGCAGUUGGUAUUCAAUCUUAAGAAUAAUGCAUUACUGGCCAGACGUCUAUUGAAUGGAGAGUUGGAGCCUUCACAAAUUAUGAACUUGUCUCCAACUGAGUUAAAAGUUGAAGUUGAUGUCCACAAAUUUGGGGGCGAAGAGGGUGACGAUGAAGAGGAGAAGGUGGAUAGAGGUAGGGAGGGUGAGGAUAAGGAUGAGACAAAUAAGAUAGAUGAGGAUGAGAAAGAGGAGGAGGAAGAGAAUAAGGAAGAGGCUAUAACUGAAAUGCUAACUCUAACGUUGGAGCUGUUGAAAAAGAUGGACAGAGAAAUCAAUCAGAAAUUUACACGGUUAGAUAAGGAAAUGAGUCAGAUGGUUUUAUGA